AGCACAGCAUGACAUGAAGACAACAACGCAAGAUCCCGACGUGCCCUCCACCAUUCCCCGAAGUCAAUUUGCUUAGUUUUGCGCUCAUGAAGAAGCAUGCAGCUCCUGCAAGAGUUCACCUCAGGUGCCAUGGGUUCUUUCCAAAAAGACGCUCCAUUCCAGGCCUCCCAUGCGUCCUUCAAGAGAGGAGCUCGUGUGGCAGACGAUGACGACGAUGAUGAUGAGAAGAUUCCCGCGGACGAUCUCGGCGCGGCCAGGGCCGCGCCAUUCGGCCGGCGAUCCCGCGCGAGCUCGUCGGUCACCGACAUGUCGAGCAACGCGUCCAUCAACUACGGGAAGUCGGCGCGGCAGGACAGGUUCGGCAGCGAGAGCUUCUGGUGCGGCGCCUUCUGCAUGCACCUGCCCGGCCUGUCCAGGCGGCGGCCGAUCAUGCAGCAGCAGCAGUCCAUGAGCCUGAGCGAGCCGGACGCCCCGGCGAGCACGGCCAGGCCUGACGAGCCUACCCGGAGCGGCGCGGUGUCCAAGGCGGCUUCCAUGGAGAGGUUCGGCCACAGCUCGUCGUCCUCCGGCAUGGUGUUCGGCGGCCGCGUGGACGCGGAGGAGGACGACCAGGAGGUGUCGGCCUACUUCGACCUGCCGCUGGAGCUGCUCCGGAGCAGCAGCGUCGACAUGGAGUCGCCCGUCACGGCGGCGUUCGUCUUCGACAGCAGCCGGGGCCGGGGCAAGAGCAUGCUGCCGGACCUCGACUUUAGUUUCCCGGCGCCGCCUGCUUUCUCGAGUCCCUCUCCGUCGUCGCGACGGGCCUGAUCGAGGAGAAUCCCGGGCCAUACAACUUUGAAUUGAGCCGAGUUACUCUUGAGUUUGUGCAUUUCAGACACGUUGAUCGUAUCCAUGUAUUGCGUGUUGGA